CCUUUACCUUUUUUUUUGUCCUAAGCCAGGGCGCUUGCCCGCACAUGCUCCUCCCCAGCUCCUCCACCUAUCGAGGCAAAAUUUCCCGGGAGAAACUUACCUCCAACUAAAGUCAAGAACAAAAAAGUGAAUUAUUUUUACUCGUAUUUAUUUUCUAAUUUUCUUUUGUUUCUUGAUUCUGAGUUGGAGCUGCAAGAAAAUGUCAAUUACUAAUUGGUAAAUUAUACUACGUAUGCUCUAAUCUUUUAUUAGAAACGAUUCUCAUCAGACAACUCUAGUACUUGAUGUGUUGGCAUGAUUUUCAAGAAAAGUUUGUUCAUUUCUUCUCACUGUUUAUACCUUACUCUUCUGUGUAUAUUCUAGCUUCGAUAUCACCCUUUAUGCAUUUCCGUUUUAAAUUAUACUUUGCUUGGUUGCUUAUUAUAGUGUUUGUCGAUUGUCCAAGGUUUGCACUAAUUUUCUUGAUAUUAUAAUAACGGUUAUAAGUUAUAACCUUGGAGCUAGAGUGGUAGAUUCUUGUUCACUGAAACGUUAAUAGGGAAAGUGUGAUGGAAGCUUUUUCUGCAACUCUGAAUUUUGCAACCCCAUUUGCAAGGGAGAAUGAAGUUUGGUGGAAGAAGAGCAAAGGGGGGAUGAAGAAAAAUGUUUUGGCUAAUCAGUUCUCUAAAAGAUUCAAAAUUGAAAGAACAGAUAGGGAUAUGAAACCAGGAUUUGCUUUCUCUGUUCUCUCCAGAGGAAAUGGCAAUGAUACUCUGAGUGUUGAAGCACUAGGAAUGGAGAGAGCUACGGCAAACCCUAAAAGUGUGGCUGCAUUCAUACUGGGAGGGGGUGCUGGGACCCAGUUAUUCCCGCUUACAAAUAGGACUGCAGCUGCUGCUGUCCCGGUUGGAGGAUGCUAUAGGAUGAUUGACUUCCCAAUGAGCAAUUGCAUUAACAGUGGAAUCAACAAGAUCUUCGUGUCGACCCAAUUCAAUUCUGCGCCUCUCAACCGUCACAUUGCACGCACCUACUUCGGAAAUGGUGUGAGCUUGGGCGAUGGGUUUGUAGAGGUUUUAGCAGCAACUCAGACAUCAGGAGAAGCAGGAAUGAAAUGGUUUCAAGGGCCAGCUGAUGCUGUCAGGAAAUUUAGUUGGGUAUUUGAGGAUGUGAGGAACAAGGACAUUGAUAAUAUACUUAUUGUGCCUGGUGAUCAACUUUACCGGAUGGAUUAUAUGGACUUGGUGCAGAAACACAUUGACUGCAAUUCCGACAUUACCCUUGCUUGUGCACCAGUUGGGGACAGCCAAGCAGCAGACUUUGGGCUGGUGAAAAUUGACCACAGGGGCAAAGUUGUCCAGUUCAACGAAAAACUCGAAGGCGCGAGCUUAAAAGAAAUGAAAGUGGACACCAGUCUCAUAGGAUUGUCUCCUGAAGAAGCCAAAAGGAAUCCAUAUAUUGCUUCAAUGGGAUUAUAUGUGUUUAAGAGAGAUAUUCUGAUGAAGCUGUUAAGCUGGAGAUACCCCACAGCAAAUGACUUUGGGUCAGAAAUCAUUCCUGCAGUUAUCCAUGACCACAAUGUUCAAGCUUACAUCUUCAGAGACUAUUGGGAAGACACAGGGACACUAAAAUCUUUCUACCAAGCAAACUUGGCCCUCACACAAGAGUUUCCCCAGUUUGAAUUUUAUGAUCCUAGGACACCUUUCUACACAUCUCCACGACUGCUACCACCAACCAAAAUUGAUUGUUGCAAGAUUAAGAAUGCCAUAAUCUCCCACGGUUGUUUCUUGAGGGAGUGUGUCGUGGAACACUCCAUUGUUGGUGAGCGGUCCUGCUUGGAUUACGGCGUUAACCUCAAGGAGUCGCUGAUGAUGGGGGCAGAUUAUUACGAGACAGAAUCUGAGAUUGCGUUUCUUCUUGGCAAUGGAGAUGUACCAAUUGGGAUUGGGCAAAAUUCAAAAAUAAGCAACUGUAUCAUUGACAAGAAUGUAAGAAUAGGGAAGGAUGUGAUCAUCAAGAACACAGAUGGUGUUGAAGAAGCAGACAGGCCAGAUGAAGGAUUCUAUAUUAGAUCAGGAAUUACUAUUCUGAUGGAGAAAGCAAUCAUCAGAGAUGGAACAGUCAUAUAAAAUAACCUUAGCAUUUGGAAUCAAAUCAUAUCUUAUAGUAGUAUACACUAAUACACACACAUACAUAAUACUACGUAUAUACACACAUAUAUUAUAAAUGAAUGCAUGUUGAUGGGGUAUAUGGACUCCGACCCCCGGUUUGCCGACUAUCGGGCCUGGACAGCGGCCCACACACGUUUAGCGGAUUCAUAUUAUUGUACAUUAUUAUUCAGAUGUUCUAGAUUAGCUUUUCAUACUAUCAGUCCAUUUAUGUAACCGGGUCUGCCGGGCCGAUAUUAGAAGCCCAGACCCGGAUUUCCCUAUAUAUACUCCCUUAUGUAAGGCUUGUAAACCAUAACUCAUAGAACUCACAAUUCAUUCAACAUUAUACACAUUCUUCUUCUCCA